AGGAGACUGACGACAAGAUUAACCGGGGGGAGGGGGGUUCUGCCAGCUGCAGUCACCUUGAUCCUUGAGGAAAUGUGCCAACCAGUCGACAUAUUGUUUGGCAGAAUGCAAAAUGUGGCCAGCAUUUCUUGUUCGAAGAUGCUACCGAGAGACUAUUUAAUGGUCUCCCUGUUGCCUCUUUACUGUCUACUCACGUGCACUGUAAGGCGGAGAUCUGAUCAUUUGUGGUGGCUGAAUCUGGUAUCGGAUUGUAUGACCAGGGUAAUUCGAGCUGUUAUGCUGGAAUUCUGUGCGGCGGUGGAAGUUUGAUCCGUCCGCCAUCCAUGUUUCCUUGGAUUGCGGGAUGGCCAUGGGUUGUGGACAAAGUGGAGCGGGAACGAACCAUGCAUGCAGGUUCAUGGCGAGCGUGAGCUGGGCAACUGUUGGUAUCCCUCUCUCAUCUCGUCACCUGAACAAGCAACAGUGUUGUCAACUGCGCUCGAGGGUAGGUCUGUAAUAGGAGUUAAAAAGUAACCCGAGGUUAAAAGAGACAGGACCAGCAUGCCACAUGACAAAGCAGCAAGGGAAAGAAGCUCACCCGUAUCCUCCUCAACGUUGAACUGUUUUCUACUCCUCCCAAAAGUAAAUAGCCAGACACCAACAGCUCCAAAAUCCCUCACUCACUCUCUCUCUCUCACUCUCUGCUCUUUUGUUAACAAACUUGGUCAGGCCACUGCGAAAGGUAGGAAAGCUGAGGUGGGGAUGUGAGACCUCCUGCUGCAAAGAGAGAGUUGGAGAGAGACCAGAGAGAAAGAAAGCCGAGGGGCCCUGCCACUCCUCUUUACUUACCCAACCUUGGUGUGGGGUUUGGUUGCACUGUUGAUCGAAGGUGUGAUAGCAUCAUCGGAGCAAGUUCAAGGAGGGUGAAAGGGAAAAAUAAGUAUAUAUCAAACAAAGAGUGAGAUAGAGAUAGAGAUAGAGAUAGAAGGAAGAAAGAGAUGGUGGGCUCAGGAGUGGGAGGAGAUAGUAGAAGCAAGGAGGCCGUGGGCAUGUUGGCUCUCCACGAGGCCCUCAGGAACGUCUGCCUCAACUCGGAUUGGACUUACUCCGUCUUCUGGACCAUCCGACCUCGCCCGAGGUGUAGAGGAGGAAAUGGCUGCAAGGUUGGGGACGACAAUGGCAACCUGAUGUUGAUGUGGGAGGAUGGGUUCUGUAGGACAAGAGUGGAUGAUAUCGAUGGAGAAGACCAAGUGAGAAAGGCCUUCAGCAAGAUGUCCAUUCAGCUGUAUAAUUAUGGAGAAGGGCUGAUGGGUAAGGUUGCUUCUGAUAAGUGUCACAAAUGGGUCUUCAAGGAACCUUCUGAAUGCGAACCCAACAUCGCCAACUACUGGCAGAGCUCCUUUGAUGCUCUUCCUCCUGAAUGGAAUGAUCAGUUUGCUUCUGGCAUUCAGACUAUAGCUGUGAUUCAAGCUGGCCAUGGGCUGCUACAGCUGGGUUCCUGCAACAUUAUACCUGAAGACCUGCAUUUUGUGUUGAGGAUGAGACACAUGUUUGAGUCACUGGGUUACCAAUCUGGCUUCUUCCUUUCCCAGCUGUUUUCCUCUUCCAGGAACAGCUCUCCAUCACCAUCUGCCCCGGUGAAGCAGAUCCCAGCUCGGCCUCCGCCGCCGGUCUUCAACUGGAGCCACCCUCCACUCGCUUCCCCUGCUUACCACCCUUCGGCUCAAAUGGGACUACCCAGCAACAAAGACGACACCCAGCUGUACCUCCUCCCUCCCUCCUCCGAAGCACAGAUGGAUGAGAUGAUGCCGGAGCAGGAAUCCGACCUGAAAUGGCCCAAUGGACUGUCCUUCUUCACUGCUUUAACGGGAAGAACAGAUGAUGCCAAGCUACUGUUUGGUGCCGAGAUGUUGGGACACCAACCACCACCUCAUCAGCAUCCUCUCAUGACGGCUCGGAAGAAUCUGACUGCAAGCUCUCCGGUCAGCAUCUGUGGCAAUGCGGAUGAGUCGAAGGCCAUCGAGGCUUCUGGCUUGCCGGGCCAGGGAAAUAUAGGCGAUAGCGGCGCAGCACUCAGUGCCAGUAACACCGAGGAUCUCUUGAGUUUGGAAAGUCAUUCCGGCAAGGCUAGGAAGAUGGAGAACAGCAAGUUCAAGAGGAGCUUCACAUUACCCGCAAGAAUGACUACCUCUUCUUCGUCGUCUUCGUUGGACCAUCAUCACGCAUCAACACCACAGCCCAUGGAUUACAGGGGCUCGGAGGCCGGGAUCUACCAAGACAUCAUGGAAACCUUCUUGGACUAAUCCGAGAUCAGGCCUAGUGUCUGUGGGAGGAGGUUGUAAGACAAGGGUUUGAACUAGUGAUCAUGUGGCUUACUCUCCUCUCAGUGGCUGGCUCUACUCCAUCCUUGCUCCUACCGGUCUGCCUUCAACUGCUUGUUCACCUGUAUCGAUAUGCUGCGGAUGAUCUUCUGAAGGAUUUUGUUUGCAGUAGUUUUAGAGUGAUUUAGAUGGACUUUAGGAUUGGAUUGCAAAUAUAACUCUGCUAAUGUUGUGCUCGGUUUCUUGGUGAGAAUGAGAAAUGUGUCUAGUUAAUUAGCAAGAGUAUGUUGUCUUGCUCUUUUUGUUUGGAAAAUAAAGCAGCUGAGUCCUCCUCUUUCA